AAAUCAGUUGCGAAAACCUGAUGUGUCCGAUCUCAUUAUAAAUAUUUUGCAUUUGCUACCUGCAAUUGAUGAUGUGAUGUGUACCAGUGGAACUUUGUUAAUAGCUUUUUUAGUUUAUUGUUAUUAAAUUUGAAUGCAACACCACGCUAUAUUCAUUGGCUGUCACUGCGAUUCAUUGAUCAAUAUUUCAACAAUAAGACCAUGGCGCCAAAUUAAAAUAGUAUUUUAUGUGGCAUGUCAUAAACAACUUUUAAAAAUGAAGAGUUGUAGUUGUAUAAUUCUAUUAGUAAGUCUUCUUUUCACUGUGAGUUCGCAAGUUUUGAAGAAGGCAUACGCGACAGUGCCUCAACUGGUGGAAUCUGCUGGAUAUCCAGUAGAGAAACACUACGCGCAUACUUCGGAUGGAUACAUCCUGCAGGUCUACAGGAUACCACAUGGAAAAGGUACCAACCAAAUGGAUGGAGAGAAGAAGGCAAUCGUACUCUUUCAUGGUUUGAUAGGUGGCUGUGAUAAUUUCAUCAUCAUGGGACCUAGAAAGAGUCUCGCAUAUUACCUAGCGGAUGCUGGGUACGAUGUGUGGUUGGCAAACCUGCGCGGCAACUUCUACACGUCUCAUCGAACGUUAACCAGGAAAGAUCCCGCGUUUUGGAAAUACAGUUUCGAUGAGCACGGGAAGUACGACGCUCCAGCUAUCAUAGAUAAGAUUCUAGAAGUGACUGGUCUCUCGCGGGUUUUGUACAUCGGCCACUCUAUGGGAUUCACGACUCUUCUAACAAUGCUGGCGCAGCGGCCAGAGUACAAUGACAAACUGAUAGCUGGCGUUGGAUUGGCGCCGGCCGCGUAUCUGAACAACAUUCAGCGAUUCGUCCACUUCGUUACGAACAAUAUAAAAUUGCACAAAAUCUUACAUGAAUUGGAUGUCGGAGCGAUAAAGAUUCCUCGGAAAUAUCUCAAAGCGUUAAGCAAAUACUGUACAUCAGAGAAGAAUUUGGACCACUGCUUGAAUUUUGUUUAUUCAAUAGUCGGUGAUGACUACGGGCAACAUGAUUUGAAUAUGUCAAAUGUUAUGAUAAUGAGGAUACAACCAGCAUCUACUCAACAGAUUAUGCACUACGCCAAGCUUGCUGAGACAGGAGUAUUGACAUCAUGGGAAGACGGCUUCGAAGGCAGGGUGAAACCUUACAACUUGAGUAAUAUCAGAACACCCGUCUCACUUUGGUAUGGAGAGAACGAUAAACUGACGGCAACGCCUGAAAUCCUACGCUUGGCUCGUGAAUUGAACGAGACCGGUGCCCUGCACUCCGUGAGACCCGUGCCUCAGUGGAAAAAAUUCAACCACCUCGACUUCGUAUACGCCAAGGACGUUGGCAAGAUCCUGAACACACCACUAGUGGCCCACGUCAAAGAACUAUUCGACCAAUUUGAUAAGCGUCAAGUGAAAUAGUGUAGUGUCGUGAAGUAGUGAACUGAAACACAACCAAACUUGUGAAUUUGUAUAAAACAUAAAGCUAAAAACAGUUAUACUUGUCAUAUGACAUUACCUAAUGAAGAAAGCAGGGCUUGAAACCGGUUUCAAAAAUACCGGUAAAUAAGGGUUUAUACCGGUUUUUAGUAAAGAUUUCGUUCGGAGCGCGUCUGAAAUGAAAGCGGUACCUAAAACCUUAAUAAACCGGUUUAAUCCAGAGCGACACGUGCACGCGUCGGCAUCGCUUGAAGUUUGUUUUGUCUGAACUAAUGAAGUCACAACUUGUUAAUGCUCAGAGAUUGAUGCAUUUAUUGACACGUUUGCUAGCGUCUAGUGAGUCAAGUUAUUCAUUUUGUAGUUGUGUAUUUAUUUCAGCCGUCAGUAAGAGCGAAAUGAAACCCUUUGAAAAUCGCUAAAUUGAUUCAAAAUCUAUUUGAUUUCGCCUUUUAAGAAAACCGUUUU